GGCCCCGGGAAUAAAGUCGGGAGAAGAAGCGGAGAAAUGUGACCGAGAUGGGGCAGUUGGUAGAGGGAGGAAACGGAUAGGGAAAGGGGGGGGGUGGAAAAAGAGAGAACAAAGAAAUCGCGCUCCAGAAGGUGGCUGCACUCUGUAGUUUUGGGCUUUGUCUACCAGGGCUUGCAAAAGCACCACCUAAUCCCGCGGCUCCCCUCCCAUGCUGGAGGGAAGGCGGGAUCCUGGGAGCCGGAGCGGGGGAACCGCGGGGCUGGGCGGCCGCGGAGCGGGGGUUCGGGGUUCCGGGGCUUCCAGCGGCCCCUGCCCGCGCUGCCCCCGCACUCCCGGGGGUUACUGAACCUUUCGAGCCACCAGCAAAACUAGCAAGAUUUCAAAGUGAAAUUCCGGAGGAAAUUUAAAGAGCAUCCGGAUCCGGAGAAAGACAGAAAGAAAGAGGAAGGGAGAAAUAAAUCAAAACGUGGAGAGAAUCUUGAGGCUGCUGAAGGAAGGACGGGAGAGAAAGAAGCUGACACCCAGGCAGAGAUGGGGAAAUGAAUCACUGUGGAGGGAAAACCAAAAAGGAGGCUCAGUCCAGCUAGGAGACCCGAGAAAGAAGCUGUUGGAGGAGAGACAUGUACUAACUGCAGUGGCCUCUAGUCUGUCUUACCUUUACUAACAAAUGUCAACGACUAGGGAGCAGCCGAUCUUCAGCACCAGGGCUCACGUUUUCCAGAUCGACCCUGCCACCAAACGGAACUGGAUCCCAGCCAGCAAGCACGCCCUGACCGUCUCCUAUUUCUACGAUGCCACGCGCAACGUGUACCGGAUCAUCAGCGUGGGGGGCACCAAGGCGAUCAUCAACAGCACUAUCACCCCCAACAUGACCUUCACAAAGACAUCCCAGAAAUUUGGACAAUGGGCAGACAGCCGAGCCAACACCGUGUAUGGCUUGGGCUUUGCAUCGGAGCAACAUCUCUCCCAGUUUGCAGAGAAGUUCCAGGAGGUGAAAGAAGCGGCUCGUUUGGCGAGGGAGAAGUCCCAGGAUAAAACAGAGCUGACCAAUCCUGCCCUGAAUAUCACAUCUCACCAGGUACUUCCCAGCCCCAUCAUCAGCUCAAAUGGGCCAGGAGAAGAUAAACUAUUCCGGAGCCAAAGUGCCGAUGUUGAGAUAACAACAGAGAAGGAGCGGCUGAAGAAGAUGCUUUCAGAAGGCUCGGUGAGCGAGGUCCAGUGGGAGGCUGAAUUCUUCAGCCUCCAGGACAACAACAACAAGCUGGUGGCUGCUCUCCAUGAAGCCAACGCCAACGUGGACCAGUGGAAGAAGCAGCUGGCUGCUUAUCAGGAGGAGACGGAAACGCUGCGGCAGCGGGUAGCAGAGCUGGAGUCACAGGGUGCUCAUGAUUCCUCCAGUGAGAACAACAAGGAAGAGCUGAGCCAAACCCUGGAGGAGCUGGAACUACUGAUCAAGGCUAAAGACGAGGAGAUUCAGAUGUUAAAGAGCCAGAAAUGUGGCCGAUGGGAAGCAGAGGGUGAGCGUGAGGAGAUGCUGCAGAAGCUGCAGGAGCUGGAGACACGCAACGCAGAGCUGGAGCGGCGCCUUCACCUGGCCGAGCAGACGCUGGCAGAGACCCUGGCUGAGAGGGAGAAGAUCCAGAACGAGGUCACCAAGGUGGCAGAGAUAAUGGAUGUGAAGAUAUUUGAGCUCAGUGAGAUCCGGCAAGGACUAGCCAAGCUGGUGGAGAGCAACUGAGCAGCAGCAUGUUCCAAGGAGACACCUCCAGAGGAAGGGACCCAAGCUGGGACUGGGUCACUGACAGCGAUUACAGUCACAGAACAGCCUCGAGGCCCAUUUGGGCAGGUUACGCCAACAUACCAGCAGCUGCCUGGACGGUGUGAGACCAGCCGCAGCCACGUGCUGCCCGCUGAGCGCCCGGACAGCGGGCAGAGGGGACCUGAGCUCCCCAGUCCUCCACAGGGAGCAUCGACACGUCACAGUCAGACCUCUCUGGACCCUGCCGUGGCUGUGGCACGGUCCAGGCAGCAGCUGUCCCUGUGCUGCCGUCCCAGCCUCCCCACCACACUGUGUCUCCAAUAUUUUUACGGUUUUCUAGGGGAAGGGGCUGAGCAGCCUUCGUGUUUUUUCAGUAGUUUUUUAGGAAACCACUUGCCUUUUGCAAAUAAGCUGCCUGUUUCCCCACCUAGGGAGGGAGGGAGACGUUCUAGCACACCAAGGACAACAGUUCCUCCUUUUCCUCUUCCCAACCCUCAUGACAUCGUGUCUUUCCAACAGGAUCCAUUAGCACUGGUCACUGUCAGGAGCUUCCAGAGGCAGCAACGUCCCUGCUGCAGAGAGGGCACUUGUCUGCCCACGUGUCCUUUCACUGUUCAGUCACGUCCUCCAGAGAGAACAGAACUGCAGGUUUUAAAGCUCUUACUAGUGUAACCCAGUGGGAUUUAACGACUUGUGAAAACUUUAAGCUGAGAAGAGUAGAGGCUUGGUUGGGAAAGGGGCAUUUGAGAAAUGGGCCAUACCUAAGGGGAUGGCCAACAAACUGCUAGAUUGGUGUCUCUCCUGGCCUCCAAGGGCUGCAGUUAAUUGAAAUUAAAUGGAGCAAAUAGCAGUUGCUCUUGGUUUUCUCUUUUUUUUUCUUCUUUCUUUAUUUGUUAAUUGGGAAACAGUCCACAGAGGUGUCCUGCUCUGUGUCAGCCAAGCAGCAUUCCCAGAGGAGGGGACGGGUCCCAGCUUGCCGCGCUUGGCCGGAUUAAACGAGAACCGGAGGCGUUUGGAGCACGCUGGGACCAGUGCCCCGCAGGGCCUGUGGGAAGUUUGUUGACUUGUCGUAGAUGUUGUCUAGUACCAGGAAUUGAACAGGACCUGAGGGAGGCACCGCAGAAACCUGGAAAGCUGUGUCCCCCCGCAGCACCCGCUGCACCCCCGUAGUUAGCUAGGAGCAUGCUUAGCCCUGUGCUGAAUGACGAGCAGUGUCUGUGUAGAAGUAGUUAGUCACCUUACAGGAGUGUCGAUGGAUUUGGAUUUUGUUGGUUUGUUAUUUUUAUUUUUGCCCUCUUUGCCACUAGAAGUUAGGCAAAGACAGGAACGCCUUGCAGGUCUGCGGAAACUCUGGCACUUAUUAAGCGCCGUCUGCCAAGUACCAAGCUCUCCGCAUGCCACCGGCCCUCGGCAGAGCUGUGGGACGUGAUGUGGCUCCUCGGGGCCGCCUCUUCUCCCCCUCGCCCGGUGACCACGGGAGGAACCCACCGUUCUACGCGCUGCCUGCGAGUCCGAGCAGGAUGAGCUCUGGCACCUCGGGAACCUGCUGGUGACUGUUCUUGCCUGGGCAAAGCUCUUCACUCUCCCAGGGCUGGGGAGGAAGCAUCGAGAUUUCCAGACCUGCACAGCCAGGGAAGGACUUUGCUGUUUGAGGGUUGGGUGGGGUUUUUUGUUGGUUUUUACUUCUUUUUUUUCUUUUUUUGCAUGAAGUGUUCUCACGACUGUAUGAGCCUGGAGCUACUGUAGUAAUAUUUGUUUCAGGGUAUUUAAGAAGGGAAGGAAGUAAUUGGGUGGCAAAAGUUUCUAGGGACUUGUUUACCACCCCAUGCCAGUGUCCAUAUUUUAUUCCUACAGGAGCAGCCUUCUUUUGAAAUAGAAAUCGGCUCCAAGAA